GGGUCGGGUUAAACCCGGAAAGACACGGUGGGUGGGUACUGCAAUUCCUUCUCCUUCUCCUUGUCCUUCUGGUUCAGCAAUUGUUCAUCACUUCAACCAAUCAUGGGCGGUGGAAGAGGAAAAUCAAAGGGAAGAGGAAGAUCCAACAACAACACUGGAAGUGGCAACAACAAUCCUAAAUAUCGGAAAAGAGGCUCAACCGUUAAGGAAGCAUUCUUUAUCGAAGGGGGUUUCUUGUCUGAUUGGAAUCUCUCGUCCCCAACACAAAAUUCAGGUAGAAGUGGUGGUAGCUCCGAUAACAAAUCCGGGACCCAACGUAGAGUAGAAGCCUCUGCAAGAUCUUUGGGAGCUACUAUUGGAUACAAUUAUCCUUCACUUGAUGUUCAGGAGGACUCAUGUGCUGGGAAUGGGAACAGCGGUGAAGAUAGUAAUAUAAAUCAGAUGCAACCUUUUGUUUUGUUGGACUCCAAGCAGAAUCAAAUGAUUGCUCAUAUAGACCAAACACCUCCCUCAAAACCCAACAAUGUGAAAUAUACUUACAGUUAUGAUCCAGAUUUUGUUUUGGGUGAUAGCUCUCAUAGAGGAUUAGGUUUCCCUGCUGAACAUGACAAAACCCGAAGUGGCAUUGGCACAUCGUCUGAACAGAUGCCCCAAUCAACUCCUGUUUUAGAUUCAUCAUCAUUUGAGAAGGAUAUUGGUUCUGAUGAGGGUAUGAAUUGUGAGUUAAGCAAUAAGAUGACAGAAAACUUGCCAUCAAAAGUGUCUGCUGAGAGAAAUUCAGGGUUUCUGUCAAUUGGAGGUCUCAAGUUGUACACUCAGGACAUCUCAGAUAAUGAAAGUGAAGAAGAUAAUGAUGAAGAAUCAGCGGAUGAGGACAGCUAUGCAUCUUCUGAGCCAGAAGAAUUACUUGGAUCAUCUGGAAGCAAUGAUUGUCAAGACACUUCUGACAGUGAUUCAGACAUUGAUGAAGAGGUUGCAGAAGAUUAUAUGGAAGGAGUUGGUGGUAGUGACAACAUCAUUGAUGCAAAAUGGUUGCUAAAGCCUGUUUUGGAUGAGUCAGAUGAUGAUAGUUCUUCUAGCAGUUGCUAUGACGAGGCUUUGAAGAAGUUGGGUGGCUUUGCCCUUCAAGAAGCCUCCAGGGAAUAUGGCAUGAAGAAAGCACAACCAUGGAAGAAACGCUCUGUAGAUUCUGGAACUUUAGCUUUGGAUGACCUAAUGCUGGAAAAGGAUCCAAGAACUGUUUCUGCUAGAAAGAAGCAUGUUCCUCGAUUCCCUCACUCAUGGCCUCUGCAUACUCAAAAGAGUAAAGCUUCCAAAAAAAUUCAUGGUGAAAAAAAGAAACUUCGUAAAGAAAAGAUUUCUGCCAAGCGCAGAGAAAGAAUGCUGCAUCGUGGGGUUGAUCUUGAGAAAAUUAAUUCGAAAUUAGAGCAGAUUGUUUUGGAGGAAGUGGAUAUGUUCGCUUUUCAGCCUAUGCAUUCUCGGGAUUGUUCACAGGUACAACGAUUAGCAGCAAUUUAUCAAUUGCGUAGUAACAGCCAAGGUUCUGGCAAAAAAAGAUUUGUGACUGUGACGCGAACACAGUCUACGUCCAUGCCAUCUUCAACUGGUAGACAGCGCUUGGAAAAGUUAAUGGGAGUUGAAGGUGACGAUGCUGAUUUUUCUGUCGCUGGCAAUAUAAAUAACAAAUCUGGGAGCGGAGACAGAAGAGUGGGAAAGAAAAAUGCUAAAAGGAAUGAUAUUAGACAGCAAGAACUUCAAUCUUCCCUGAACAAGACAUCAAAGUACUCAGCCAGCCAAGGCAGCAGUAAAGCAAAGGACAAGAAAGGGAGAGGACAAAAGGGUUCAUAUGCUAAUCAGCCUGUGUCAUUUAUAUCAAGUGGCAUAAUCCAUUCAGAAACUGUACAGGUUACAGAUGCUGGUUCUGAUGAGAUUGAUACUACUAAUAAGAAGAAGGGAGUCACCAGCUCUGCUAAUAUUGGUUCAUUUGAGGAACACACUACUGGUUUUGGUUCAAAAAUGAUGGCAAAAAUGGGAUACAUGGAGGGAGGAGGAUUGGGAAAAGAUGGUCAAGGUAUGGCACAGCCCAUUGAGGUUAUUCGAAGGCCUAAAUCACUUGGUUUGGGUGUGGAAUUCUCCACCAACCUUGCUGAGCCUGCUACUGAGCCAGCUAGGAACAAGUCUUCAAAAAUUGGUGCUUUUGAAAAGCAUACCAAAGGCUUUGGAUCCAAGAUGAUGGCAAAGAUGGGAUUUGUUGAUGGCGCAGGAUUGGGUAGAGAAUCACAAGGCAUUACUACUCCAUUGACCGCUGUUAGACUACCUAAGUCUCGAGGACUAGGUGCCAAAGGUUAAUUUAGAUAUCAUUUGUUUUUCUCAUUUCCUGUCGAAAUUGUACAUUGACUUAAAUAUCACAAUUCUCCUUUGUAGUACCGUGUAUGACUCCCUGGAAUUACUACUUUAAAAUGUAAUAUUUCAUUUUUCUAUGAAAGAAAUGAGAAAACUCAGUCAUGCGUAGGACAAGUAAAGCAAGCGUUUUAUGUUGGAACAUUGUGGUGCCAUAAUCGGUACAGAAUCAUGUUAAUUGAUCUCAUGAGUUGGAUUUCACAAUUUGUCGACGAUUCUGAUUAAGGACCUUUCAUGAAAUGC